AACCUUUCUUAAACGUAAACAAAAAAAGCGCGCAAAAAUGUCGGACCAAGAAGAUUUAGUCGUUAAAAAAGAAAAUAUGUCUAUAGAGAAUAUAGAUGAAAAUGACGAGGAGCGCGAUGAUAAGGAUUUGAAGGACAGCUUGAAAAUCAGCUCCUUAAAGACCCUGGGACCAUUUAUAGCCAGCAAGGAGAACAGCCGCAACACGGUUUACGUCAGCGAUGUUCCGGAUAUCUGCAAGGAUAAGCCGUGCAUGUUGGGCGUGGACGAAGCAGGACGUGGUCCCGUCCUAGGACCUAUGGUAUAUGGGAUCUCCUACUGUCCACUGGAAAGCAAAAAGGCUUUAGAAGACCUGGGAUGCGCCGAUUCCAAACAACUUACCGAGGAGAAACGCGAUAUCAUAUUUAACGACAUAAACACCAAGGAUUACGCCACCAGUUGCGUUGGCUGGGCCGUGGAGAUCAUAUCGCCGAACACGAUCAGCACCAGCAUGUACCGGCGGUCAAAGUGCUCCCUGAACGAAGUUUCCAUGGACUCGGCCAUGGGCCUCAUCCAACAGGCGAUCGAUGCCGGCGUCAAUAUUGCCGAGGUUUAUGUGGACACGGUGGGUCCGCCGGAGAAGUACCAGGAGAAGUUGCUCAAACGUUUCCCUAGCUUUAAAAUCACCGUGGCCAAAAAGGCUGACUCCACCUAUCCAAUAGUCUCUGCUGCUAGUAUCUGCGCCAAAGUCACCCGUGAUCAUGCCCUUAAGGUUUGGAAGUUCCCUGAGGGUCUGGUCAUUAAGGAUAACGCGUUUGGCAGUGGAUAUCCGGGAGAUCCGGUCAAGAGAUUUCUGACCGAGCACAUCGAUCUGGUGUUUGGAUUUCCAAGACUUGUGCGCUUCAGUUGGUCCACGGCGGAAAACGCACUGGCGGACAAGGCCUACGACAUGGAGUUCGACGAGCCGGACUCCGAGAAGCCAAAGUUCGCCGGCACGAAGCUCACAAAGUUCUUUAAGGGCACCACAAAAUCGGGCGAAGUAAUUCGAGAGGAGUGCCGCUUCUUCAAGCAACGACAUCUGGGAAGUGUCAUGGAGUUUUAGCAACAGAAAAGGUUUAAUUUAAUUUAGUAGGAAUAUCUCAAUUUGUAUCUUUAGUGCAGUCUGAUUGUUGUUGCGCCUCGACCUUUUAUUUAUAAAUAAUAUAGAUUAAAACCACUGCUUUAGAAAUAAGUUUAAAAAGGCCAAAAUAAACCAAAAAUGCCCAGUCCCAAAACAACAA